AUGGCGCUGCAUGACCUAGUGACGCAUCUCGUGUUGACGAGGAAGACUGCCGUGACGUCAGGAUUGGAGGUUGUCCAUGGAUGCCCCUGCACAGGGGUCAGGCUUUCUAGACGCAAGGUCUGGGAUGAGAUUCAGCCAGAGGAUCCGCGAGGAGAAGAUGUAGUUGAAUGGGCGUGUCAUAAAUCGCUUGACAUCCUGAAUGAUGGUUCUGUCACCCGAAUCAACAAAACAACAGAGGCUGGCAGCUCGCCAGAUGCCACGCUAUGUGGAAAUACCAACUCUCCCAACGAAGUAUUGAAACACAACGGGAAAAGGAUAACAUCAGCAAAGAAGAAAGCUGAGCUUUUUGCCCAGCACUAUGCAAAAAUCAGUAUGCCGCCCUACAAACUGACAUUGCGGAAAGACAGCAUUGUCAUGUUGCUGAGUAAUCUGGAUCCCACAAACGGCCACUGCAACGAGACUCGAUAUGUGGUUCAACACCUUCAUCAACAGGUGACGCUGAGUCCGGAGGAAAUGGCCAUCGCGGAUGAAGACAGUGAGGUGAAAAUAGUGCAUCUAGUCCAGCUGCUCAAGUGGAAGUACCAGAAGCAGGGCAGUCGACCGCGGGAGUUCGCCAACGUCAGCGUGGAGGAACCCAUGCCCUGCAAGUGCCACGCCAGAGGGACUGGGAUACGCGCUGGCAUCGUCGGAAGGAGGACAAAGUUCAACAUCCUCACGGAUACGGCUUCUCGCUUAGACCUUCAGAUUGAAAUACGCGGACCGAACAAUGAGUACAACCGAGAGCAUAUCGUGAGCAUGUACCCCGACGCCAGCUACCUAUACCGAGACCGAGUCGUGGCCGUUGCUGCUUCUGUCUCAGAGGACGACGGGAAAACGAAGGUCAUAGAUGACGGGGCCGGCCACAGUUUCCUACGUCAGAAAAGUCUGGAGGAGGACUUGAGCCACCUCAUCAUUCCUUUCGACUAUCAGUGCGUGGGUGAAGGUCGCUUCCUGGUCACCUACAUACCUCGCAGCGCGGGACUCCAUUACAUCACAGUGCUCUCUCAGGGUGACCAUAUACAGGGAAGCCCUUUUGAAGUGAAAGUAAGUGAUUGGGUGAGCUCUUGGAACAUCGUGCCAAAGCCUCGGGUAAUUCCCUUCGACAUGCUCCAGGCCAUUGACGAGACGCCCAAAGAUUCCCUCAAGCCAGUGUCUCCGGCGGAUAGAAUACGCGUAAGUUUUGAAUUUGUGUCUCUGGAAACAGAAACUCUGUAUUUCCUCAGUAUCAUUCCUCAGCGUAAGCUGAGCCAUGUCGCCAACGUGUCUAAGCUGAUGAUGAAGAGGAGGAUUCUCAAGAAAGUGAUAACUCAGGGAGGGGAGAAGAUCAUCUGUGACGUCACGCCCUCCCCCACCCUGUCACGCCAGAGCAGUGUGUCAGACAUCUCCGAGGAAGAGAAACAGAGGGAGGACAAAGGAAAUGUCGACACUGAAGCCGAAGGAUCUACUACUGUCAAUCGGCCAAAAUCGGCCCCACCAGACCAAAAGGACUUGAACUCGUCCCCUGCGCGUAAAUGUGGCACCAGCGGCAACUCACAAAAUCAGUCUCUAAGUGGCCCAGGAGACAAGGCAAGCGUCCCUUCAGUAAAAGAUUGUUCUGGUACUAUAGCGUCAGGAAUUACUACGUCUUCUACGUCACAUGCCGAUUUCGCCACUACCGCUUCUUCGUCGUUAUCAAGAAGCACUGACUGCACUGACGACGUAUCAGGAACGUCGGCAAUAAAUGUCUCAAGCGACUCGUCUUCUUCAGCGAACAGCAGGGCGGAACAAGGCAACAAAAACACAACAGCAAAGAGUGCAGCCUGCUCGAUCGAAUUCAAAAUAACCCAGCACGAAGCAGAGGGUCCAGGCGACGUGCCGUUUACGAAAGCGCCCCAAAACAGUGUAUCGGAUACAAUUGACGGCCUGUACGUCGCACCAAAAGAACCCACAAAUAUCCAUGACGUUAUCCAGACGGUAAUGAAACUUGCCAAACAACGUAACUCUAGCUCUCAAACCCCUCUACUGUCGUCUUCGGAGAAGAUGCUGUCCGACCCCAAUAUCAGAUUUCGAUCUCCGACCACAACUGGAAAGGCGUUAAGUCUUGACCGUGGACUUUCAGCGUUAGGGUCCCGGGACAGACAAUUCUUUGACUCACCAGAGGUGUCCCCAACGCCCAAGAAUACUUUGGCGAAUGUUGAAGACAAAACUAUCUGUUCCCUUCUCCCUACGCCGAUAAUUCUCGUUUCUGCUGCGACUCCAGAAAGGAAGGUGAAGAGAAUUGACGAAGAAGAAAUACAAGAAGUAGACGAACAAGCGGAUCCAGCUAUUGAAGCCAGUGCGCCUAACAGGGACAGUAAACUCAACCAAUCUCUUGCCACAGCGCAAAUUUCUGCUCAAGAUGACGUAGGCGAAGUACAGCGAGACCCGUCGUCGCGCAAAUCUCGGUCUGACGAAGCCUUGUCCAUAAUAAUACCAUCUCCACAUCUCUCGUCGCGGUCGGAAGAGAAGAUGGUCGAUGGAACAAGUGACAUCAACUCCUCAAAGUCCCCUUUCUGUUCUUUGUGCGCUCUUUCGAACUUCGAAGAAGUCUGUGGAGGGGGCGGGGUAGAUGGUGUCCUGGAGAGGUCCCGAGGAAGCAGUUGCUGCAGCUGUUGUGACGUCUCAUGUGACGUCAUCUGUGACGCCGGAGAGUGCUGCUCUUGCUGUUCUUCCGCUUCUGGCAGUGAAACAGAGGGUGUGGCACAUCAUUGUGAGGUGGGUGUGUACACAAGAACAGGAACACUUCUGGGUACAAGUGAAUGUGAGCAAUAUCAAUCAGAGUAUCCGAACACAGACCGUUGUGAAGGAAAAGUUGAAUCUGAAAAUGAUCCGCCAACCCAGUAUUCAUCUCAAAUUUCCGUCAAAGAAAAAUGCUCGGAAAACGAAACCGACUUGGAGAGAAACGAAAUCCUUUCAAAGAUGACCAGUAACAAUAAUAGCAGUAAGGAGAGAUCCGGAAAGGCACCCCUAAGAAGGGAUAUUGCUCUGUCCGAGGCCAUCGAGAAUCGUAGCAGAAAGAAGGUAUGCAAGAGUAGCUCUGCAGGAGAUUUGCCCCAACACAAGAUUACGUGGUCAACACAUCGAAGUCUGUCUGAUGAACGUUAUUUUAGAUGGGCGUUGUCGCGAUCGUUCAAUACGAAGAGUCGCGGUAAAAACAGUCUCUUGGCUGCAGAGGAAGAUAGUCGUGAUGAACGCAUCGGUUCGGGGCUGUCAGCAGAUGUAGAGGUCGAGAGGACAACGUCAGCUUCAGCAGGACUCGGUGAAAACGUAAGUAGUUCCGAGAUUGUUUCUCCCAGUCCUUCAUCAACCACGACUACAGGAAAAUCUCAUAAGGCAAGAAAUGCGAGGACUUUGUCCAGUAGCUCAAGUGGAGACUCGGGUAGAGAAAGAACGAAGUAUCAAGUAAGCAUUUUGAGGGCGGAUAGGAGAAACGUCUUUGCAGACUUCGAGUCUAGAUCAAAAAGUGGCUCGUCAGGUCGCUCUUUCCUGACUCUAGGCACAAGGUCUGUGUCACUUCCGGAUCACCUCCCCGACAACGUCACUUCCGAGUGGGAGAAUAGGCCGAUCGAGCCCCUCGCAGAUGAUCUCAUGUCCAGACAGUUACGUUUGGCUCAGAUGAAAAAAUGGAGCACGUUUGAUGUCGUUGAAGACACAGAACAAGAUGAGAAUGGUGCGUUGUUUGAAAAUCCCGAAAGAACUGACGUGCAACACGAAAUGGCAUCAUCACGUUUUGAAGGAUCAAAUGAUGGAUAUAGUAAUGUAGAGGAUGAUGACGACGACGAAAUACUUCAAGUGGUUAUUGAGUCUGGUUUUAAUGACUUAAAUGAUGCAGAUGAGGAAUCCUGCCACCCAAAGUUGCCGAUGAGUACAAAUACAGGGGAACACAAUUUGUCACCCAGCGCUUUGGAAAGCUAUUUGCCUUCCUCGGAAGACGGUUCACCUAUUAUUGAAGGUCAACCCAUGUUCAGAAUUUCGUCCCCUGGCAACAGCAACACGGGGAUAUCGCCUCUGUCCGCGCUGACAAGUAAAUCUGGGAACAGCGACUGGUCGGACACUGAUGACGUUGUUCCAGCAAACAAGAGAGACUCCAGGUUUUUUGGGAAGGGUGACUGGUCGCCUCAAUUUUUUGAUCUCCAGUGUCAUGGAGAUACGAGCAAGGAACAAAAUGUUGAUGCUCCUCCACCUUCUACGCUCUCUGUCAGUCACACAGACAACCAAUUGUUGUUGGGUCCUGACAGUAGAAGCAGAUAUCGAUCACACCCUGGACAACUUCGUCGAAAUUCAAAAUCAUUCAUACCUGUUAAGGAAGAAAGUGGGGACUGGGCUUCAGAUACUAAAGAUGACUCUGGGAGUAUGGAAGACAUGUCAUUUCAAAGUUCUCUUCCAACGGAAGGGACGCAAAAAACGAGUAACACAUCCCAAAUGCACAUGUCUGUUUCAGAGAAAACAAAUGCACCUUCCUAUUUGAAAAAGCACUUGCAAGGAAUAUAUGUGCCAAAAGGGGAAGAAACUGGAAACAGUUUUGACAUGAGUGGUAAUCAAACUCCAAGUCAUUUACCUAAAACAAACCAAAAUGUAAAUGAACUUAGACAACCCACAGACUGCGAUGCAACAUGUUACCCAAGAAAGCGUAUGCGAGCUGUGUACCAGGAACAUUGCGACGAAACCAACAAAGACGCUGAAAAUGACAACGAAAGAGUCUUCACCAACAUUCGUUAUGACCCGCAAAUUGAGGACAGCCGGAAUGUAACUGCAGCAGGUUUAGGGGAUGAUGGUAAAGAAAACGAUUUGCACAAAGACUGUGGGAGCUCAGACAAUCAAGCCGAACUCGAUGAAGAUUUUAUGACGUUUUGUGAUAACAUCCUGAGAGAUUAUAUGCCAGUCGAAAGGUCUGCUGUUGAAAGCAAAACUGGUAAAAUGAGCAUGAGUGAAGCAGACAGGACAGGGGAUGGUCGUAUUCGUAACGAGCACCCAUCGGAUAAGAAUAUUUUUUCUUCUCUUGGAAUGUUGUCUCCAGAAUUUCAGCCAAAAAAGGAAGACUUUAUUCCUUUGCCAUUUUGCCAAGGGCCUGAUGAUUUCUGGUCCUCUGUGUGUUUCUGUACGGAAUGUGUAGCUGUAGAAAUGGCCAACGCUGAGUCGCAUAAGUAUGAAUCGAAGCACUACUUUCAAGAGAAGACCAUCACACCAAUCAAAUACCGCAACAUGGAAGAGUUCUCAUUUGAAGGUGAUUUUGAUAAUUUACACAAAAACCCAACUGGGAAGACGGGAAAUACUCGUUAUAAACAAUCUGGUUCUAUUCAUUUGGGACCAGGCGAGCGAACACUUACUCCUACAAAAUAUCGUCUUAAAAAAGAUGCGAGAAUAAACAGCAGUGAUGUUAACACACAACUUGACUGGCACAUCAGGGAUACUGACGCUUUCAAGCAGUCGCAACUGUACAGUAGAAAUCACGCUACUCCUGAUGUUGUACCUAUCUAUGUUCAAGACUCAACACCCACGAUGAAUUAUAAGCCAUCAGUAAGUACAAACAAAGACAACAAAGUCCUCAAUGUUACACAAGGCCGACAGUCGGAGGAAUCUCCAAAUGACGUCAGUUGUGAGGUCACGCCGGUCGUCAGAAAAAGGCGAAGGUUCGUGAAGGUCAAAUCCGGAAGUAGCUCAGAUGAGAAAGGAGAGAAAAAUCAUGUCGCCAGGCAACGAGUCAAAUCUGGGGAGACAAACACCUCAGCCGGUAUCGGCGGCAGGGAUGGUAUCACAAGUCACGGACGCGGAAAUGUAAGGAACAAAAGCAGUAGGAAACUCCAGAGCUACAGUCGGUGCUCUGGUAGCAGCAGCAGUACAACUCCUGAGAAUACCAGUCUAGGAGAUAGUGAUGAGGUCAACAACAAAAACUCCUUAAGUACCCAAACUAAGAGUCAAUCUCAAAUUCGUCACCAUCACCAAAAUCACCUUCAUCGUCAGCAGCAGCAGCAGCAGCAGCAGAAACAACAAAAGGAAGGUAUUCAAACAUUACACUUCUACAACAGUAGAUUUGUUCAACGAACAGAGACAAAAUCUACUGCGAUCAAUCUCGAAAGCUCUAAACGGUGCGAUCAGAGUGCGACAUGCUUCGACAGUGUCCAACAUGAAAUCAACAGGACGCAGACAACAGAAAACAACUGUGGAACGUCUCAAACCCCACUGCAGUCUACGUCUGUUGAUUCAGAACAACAAAGAGGAACCAAGCAACAACAACAUCAGCAGCAACAGCAGCAGCAGCAACACCAGCAGCAGCAGCAGCAGCAACAACAACAACAGCAACAUGUAUUACAGCAACGACAACAACCUCACCAUGACCAGAACCACCAACAGCCUCGGCCAGACAGGAAUGUACCAGCGUACUUCCGCAGAGAGUCCUCCGUUGACACAUUCGACAGCGCGUUCACCGAGGACAGCUCCAACUUCUCCACCUCCCUUCUCAGCAUGACUUACAACGAGACACUGGACAGCGGUAUUCUAGAAGACAGUCUUAACUUCUCUUUCCAGUUGCCCUGAGUGAAGUCUGUACUAGAUCUAGUCAGAAACGGGGUGUCUGAAUAAGUUUGUUAGUGAUUUGUGGUAUUGCAAAUUAUGAAGACUGCAGUGGAAAAACCUGAUGAGUCUCAACUUCAAUAAAUAAUAGGAUAUUCCCCUUUGUUGCAUUCUUUAGAAAUCCAAAUUUCUUCUCCUAAAAUAAUCUCACGGAUAACCCAGCUAAAUCCUGUGCUAUGUAAGAUAACGAAGAUGUCAUAUCUUCUGCUUCCCAGGAGGUCGAGCUUGUUUCAGAAUGCUUUCAGGUCUACUGGGGUAGUAGUAUAGAUUGUAAAGCGCAUAGAGCUUGCUGUUGAGUGGGAGUUUGCGUUAUACAAAUAAUAUGUAUUAUUAUGCUCACUAUAAGGGCCUUUCAAACUUUGAAUUCCUAUUUUUCCACUCUCUUAAAAUGUGACUCAACUUGUUUGUCCACUGGAAUGUUCACAUAAUGGUAUAUAUUAUAUAUGUGAGGCAGCGUGGGGCAAUCAGGUUCUCGUCAAUUUUUGG